AUGGCUGACGCACCUCCUCCCACCCCAUCGGAGCUCCUUCGUAUGGUAACCGAACUUCAACAGGCGAAUCAGCGCAUGGUCGAGGCUAAUGAGCAUAUGAGAAAUGAGAAUCAACGGAUGCAACAACAAAUCGAGCAAUUAAUCAACGCCCGCAUUGAGCAUGGUAACAAUCAUGAUGAGCGAAAUAACGACGAGGAACAUCGUACACACGUGUCGGAGACACCUCAGGAUGAGGAAGGCGGCGGUCCACACGACAGCGAAAAAAGAGCCGAAACCGAUAAGGACGAGCUUGACAAUUCUACAGGACCGUUCACGGCGGACAUUAUGAAUUUCCAGCUACCUAGGCAGUUUACUCUACCAACAACAUUGACUCCUUAUGAUGGAUUGGGAGACCCAAAGCAACACAUCAAGAAGUUCCGAUCAAUUAUGAUUGUUAACGGUGCAUCUGAUCAUAUUCUCUGCCGUUGUUUUCCUUCUUUCUUAGAUGGUCCUGCACUUGACUGGUUUUGCUCUUUGCCUGCAGAUUCUAUUUCCCGAUUUCAGGAACUGGCGAAGCAGUUUGAGGACCAUUUUGCAGCGUCCGCUAUUUACCUACAUGACUCGGACUAUUUAACAACUGUUAAACAAGGCCCUCAAGAAAGCCUAAAGGAUUACAUCACCCGUUUCACGAAAAUAGCGAUGAGGAUCCCUGACCUCCACCCUGAAGUCCACCUACAUGCUAUCAAAAGUGGCCUCCGCCCAGGGAAAUUCCAGGAAGCUAUCGCGGUAGCUAAACCAAAAACCCUGGCCGAGUUCCGCGAGAAGGCUAAAGGACAAAUAGACAUCGAAGAACUCCGUCAAGCUCGGAAAACAGAAAAGUCGGCAAUCAUCAAAGACGACGAGAAGCCCCGCGAAACUAGAAAAAGCUUCAAACCAGUACCCCGAUACGAGUCAUAUACACAGUUCAACACCAAACGAGACGACAUUAUCAAGGAGAUAUUAAAUUCUAAGCUGAUCAAACCUCCACGGAAAGCCGGGAAUUACCCAGAACCAAAAAAUGUUGAUAAAUCCAAGUAUUGUACAUUCCAUCAGAAGUUCGGUCAUACAACCGAUGAAUGUGUGAUUGCUAAAGAUCUCCUUGAACGUUUGGCGAGACAGGGGCACCUUGACAAAUUCAUUGCAGGUCACAUGCAAAAGAGACCCACUUCUGCUGCGGAUCCAUCCUCGGUAGCAACUCCAUCAAAGGACAAAGAGAAAGUUCCUGCCCAACCCAGGGGUAUAAUCAAUUGCAUUUCUGGAGGCUAUGCUGGGGGAGGAUGUACAAGCUCUGCACGCAAACGCACAUACAGAGCAAUGCUCGCCCUGACGGACACGACCAACAAUACUCAGCCGACACAAAAAGCACCUGAGAUAACCUUCUCCCAGACCGAUUAUCAUACUCAAGACACGAAUCUCGAUGACCCUGUUGUAAUCUCUAUUCAGCUGGGCGAUUUAAUAGUUUGGAAAGUACUGCUGGAUCCAGGCAGCAGUGCCGACGUUUUAUUCUUCACUACAUUUGAAAAAAUGAAAUUAAGUGCUAACAUUUUGCAACCAUCUGUAGGGGACUUGGUCGGUUUCUCAGGAGAGCGAGUCCCGGUCAUGGGUUCAGUCUGGUUACAAACCACAUUGGGAGAACAACCUGCAUCUAGAACACAAGACAUUCAAUAUUUAGUGGUUGACAGUUUCAGCCCUUACAACCUUAUUUUAGGGCGACCCUUUUUAAACAGGUUUGCCGCAAUUGUAUCUACUGUUCAUCUUUGUAUCAAGUUCCCUUUGCAGGAUAAUACUGUGGCCAUAGUCCAUGGCGACCUACAAGAUGCUCGGCACUGUUACAACACUAGCCUAAAGCCCAUCAAAAGAAAUAAUGACAGACGUGUAAACUCCAUCGGCGCAGAGCAACCGAUGCUUACCGAACUAGAUCUCCGAGCCGACCUUCAAGAUCGCCCUCUACCAAAUGAAGAACUGAUCAAGCUCACCCUGACAGAUGAUCCAACCAAAUUUACCUUUAUUGGCGCAUCCAUAAAAGGCGAAGCGAAAGACAAGUUCAUCAACUUCCUACGACAGAACGCCGACCUAUUUGCCUGGACGUCAGGGGACAUGCCAGGAAUUAGCCCUUCAGUCAUUACGCAUAAGCUCGCCAUCAGCCCGGCAGCCCGACCAGUAGCCCAGAAAAAAAGAAACCUCGGCACAGAAAAAAGAUUGGCAUCCAUGGCCGAGGCUAAAAAGCUAAUCGAUGCAAAUUUCAUACGAGAAAUCAGAUUCACAACCUGGCUAGCCAACAUCGUAAUGGUAAAGAAACAUAACGGUAAAUGGCGUAUGUGCGUUGAUUUCACAGACUUAAAUAAAGCAUGUCCAAAAGACGCAUAUCCUCUACCUUCAAUUGAUACUUUAGUAGAUAACUCUUGCGGUUAUGGUACAUUAAGUUUUAUGGAUGCAUACUCCGGAUACAACCAGAUCUUUAUGCAUCCAUCAGAUCAAGAGAAAACUGCUUUUAUAACUGAAUAUGGUAACUAUUGCUAUAAUGUCAUGCCUUUUGGCCUAAAGAAUGCAGGAGCCACAUACCAACGGCUAAUGAACAAAGUCUUCGACCAACAGAUCGGCAGAAACCUAGAGGUCUACGUUGAUGACAUGGUGGCCAAGACAAAGAUCGGGGAGAGUCAUGUCGACGAUCUUACAGAGAUAUUCGGUCAGAUCCGAGUUUACAGAAUGAGAUUUAAUCCAGAAAAAUGUGCCUUUGGUGUCAAAGGUGGGAAAUUCCUCGGGUUUAUUCUGACCAACCGAGGAAUCGAGGCCAACCCAGAGAAAUGUCUGGCCAUUCUAGAUAUGAGCAGUCCCACAAACAUAAAGGAAGUGCAGAGAUUAACAGGACGACUAGUAGCAUUGUCUAGAUUCUUACCAUGUUUAGCAUCUAAAUCGGCGAGUUUUUUCCACUGCUUACGAAAAAACACAGCUUUUCACUGGGAUGAAAACUGUGAACUGGCAUUUCAAAAUUUCAAAAAAUUCCUUUCUAAACCACCUGUUUUACAAAAGCCCAAAGUCGGUGAACCCUUAUAUUUAUAUUUGUCUAUCACUGAUAUAUCCGUUAGUGCUGUCCUUGUUGCAGAAAACAAUAAGACUCAACAGCCAGUCUAUUUUGUGAGAAAAUCACUCCAGAACGCCGAGCUUCGAUACCCGAAGUUGGAGAAACUAGCUUACGCCCUUGUUUUUUCAACAAGAAGGCUUCGUCCUUAUUUUCAGAGUCACACGAUCAAUGUUAGGACGUCUCAACCAUUACGCCAAAUACUCGCCAGACCCGAGCUUGCCGGACGAUUGAUCAAAUGGUCCAUCGAACUCUCGGAGUUCGACAUCUGUUACCAACCUAGGACAUCUAUAAAGUCACAAUAUUUAGCUGAUUUUAUUGCCGAAUUUACAGGACCCACCCAGAACGAGGAUGGCGAAAAAUGGGUGUUAUUCGUUGAUGGAGCAUCAAACCCACAAGGAGCUGGUGCAGGAAUACUCUUGGAAAACCCCGAGGGAGUAAUAUUUGAACAUUCUCUCCGAUUUUCCUUCAAAGCCAGUAACAAUCAGGCCGAAUACGAAGCCCUCAUUGCAGGGCUCAGGUUAGCAAUCGAAUUGCAAGUCAAUAACUUACAUGUUUAUUGUGAUUCUUUGUUAGUGGUUCAACAAGUAAAUCAGCAUUUUCAAACAAAGGACCCUAUUCUACUAAAAUAUCUUGAAAUUGUUAAUAAACUGAUUACUCGUUUUUCGAAAGUUGAAAUUACCCACAUAGAAAGAGAUCAAAAUCGCAGGGCAGAUAUACUAUCUAAAUUAGCUACUAGUCAGUCACAUAACGCUUCACUUUUGCAGUCAACUUUACAGGAGCCGAGCAUAAAUAUGAUCGGCAACCUGCAACCCGAGGACUCUUGGCAGAGGCCAUACAUUCAAUAUCUGAAAAAUGCAACACUCCCACUAGAAAUAAAAGACAUUAAAAAGUUUAAACGACAAGCAUCAUUUUUUAUAUUGCUGAAUGACGAAUUAUACCGGCGAGGCUAUUCUCGACCAUUAUUAAAAUGCUUAGACAGGGCCGAGGCCGAAAUAGCCCUAGCCGAAGUUCAUGAGGGCAUCUGUGGAAUACACUCAGGCGCCAGAAGUUUAGCACGCAAAAUUCUCCGUGCAGGUUUUUACUGGCCGACCAUAUGGGAAGACAGCCAGAAAAAAGUUCGAACUUGUGAACAUUGCCAGAAGCACGCCCCAGUACUUAACAUUCCAGCCGAAGAAUUACAUCAGUCAACGGUAAGCUGGCCAUUUCAUAAAUGGGGAAUUGAUAUCCUCGGACCUUUCCCCACGGCACCCAGACAGGUAAAAUUUUUAGUCGUCGCAAUCGAUUACUUUUCCAAAUGGAUUGAAGCUCAAUCUCUAGCCAGAAUUACAUCGGUACAAAUGAUAUCAUUUGUGUGGCAACAUAUAAUCUGCAGAUUUGGUAUACCACAACACAUUGUGACUGACAAUGGUCGGCAGUUCAUAGACCAUAAUUUUCAAACCUUUUUGCAGAAUUUAAAAGUAAAACAGCAUUUUUCCUCAGUAGAACAUCCUCAAUCAAAUGGUUUAGCAGAAGCUGCCAACAAGGUCCUUCUCCAAUCUCUAAGGAAGAAACUCGACAAUGCUAAAGGCCUUUGGGCCGAACUUGUUCCAGAAAUCUUAUGGGGAUACAACACUUCGGUGCAUUCAACAACAAAGGAAACACCAUUUCGUUUGGUGUAUGGUUCUGAUGCAAUGAUUCCGGUUGAGAUAUCACAAAACUCCUUAAGAACACAACAUGAAGCCCAUGAUGAAGCCCGCCGAGCCGAGCUAGACUUAGUCGAAGAAAUCCGAGCAAUGGCAACAAUUCAGCAGAAAGCAUUACAGCAACGAAUAGCUCAACGUCACAACAAGACGAUCAAACCGAGGUCCUUUCGCCAAGACGAUUUGGUGUUACGAAAAACUGAAACAGCCCGCAAGCCACCUACCCACGGUAAGCUUGCCGCAACAUGGGACGGACCUUAUAGAGUACGUCAAGUGAUCGGUAGAGGCGCCUAUCAACUAGAGGAAUUAGACGGAACAACACUUCCUAACACAUGGAAUGUCACUUCAUUAAAGAAAUACUACAGCUAA